AAAUGAUAUUUUAUUUAAAUUCAUAUACUAAUUAUGAUGUCUUUGAACAAUAUAUCUGAAACCAUCGAUAGUAUUAUUCGAUGAACAUCGAUGUAUGUUUUUUAUAUGUAUCCCUAGGCUUAAACCGACCCUAACCUAAUUUGACUAAUGUAAUCGUAACAAAAAUGAUCGAAAAGAUUUUGUUUUCGACAAGGUUGAUUGUCAAAUUGAAGAAGUAUUACCUACAUUGUUUCUUUAUUUAACUUACUAUGAGCCAGCAAGCCAAAAGUUGUUAUUUAAAGAGUAAUGAUAAAGCAUUACUGACAGUAUAUUUACCGCAUCAAGAACCAGUCAUUGUAGGUCGCUGUCCAGAAACAAACAUUACAGAUACACAGUGCUCCAGACAACAAGUGAGAUUAUAUGCAGAUUAUCAGGAGUAUAAAGUCUCCAUUCAACAGCUUGGCAAAAGACCAUGCGGAUUCAAUGGUUUCAAGACGCGUAAAGAUAAUAAAUUUAUAGGCAAACACGAGGAUUGCUUGGAAAUUUUGUAUGGAAAAUAUGUGUAUCAAAUAGAAUUUAAUCCUCCACCUUCCAAAACUCUUUUAUUGGAGAAAAGAGUUAGAGAAUCAGAAAUAAAUAACGAAAUUGAACAAGGUGCUCGCAAAGUGGCAAAAUUGGAAAUGGAUGAUAUAAAUACAAGUUGCAAGGAAGGAACAGAGGAAGGUGAAACACAAGAGGAGAAAAAACAGACAAAUAAUAGCGACGGUAUAUUGAAAUUCUUAAAGAGGGGUAAUGCAAGUUCUGACCAGUCGGAAGACAAAGCUAACGAAGAUUCAGAUAAUGGCCAACACAUAUGGGAAAGUACAGGAAGCGAAGAAGUAUUAAUGUACACUAUGCAAGGGGUACUAGGACGUUCAAAGGUAGCAGCAUAUGAUAUGGAUGGAACAUUGAUAACAACACGUUCUGGAUUAGUAUUUCCAAAAAAUUACGAUGAUUGGCAACUUUUAUAUCCCAGUGUAUCAGGUAAAUUGAAGAAGCUUCACAGUAGUGGCUACAAAAUAGUGAUUUUCACUAAUCAAAAGGGGAUCGGAAUUGGAAAACUAAGCGUUAAAUGUUUUAAGAAGAAAAUCGAAAAUAUAACGCGAAGGAUAGGUGUUCCGAUGCAGGUUUUUAUAGCUACUGGAAGUAACAUCUACAGAAAGCCAGCAAUUGGUAUGUGGCAAAAACUGGAAGAAAACAAUGACUCUGUAUCCAUCGAUAAAGACGAUUCUUUUUACGUCGGAGAUGCGGCUGGACGACCGAAAAAUUGGGCACCAGGGAAAAAGAAAGAUCACUCGUUGGUGGACAGAUUGCUAGCAUUAAAUUUAGGCUUGCAGUUUCACACACCGGAAGAACAUUUUCUUGGACACAAAGAGGCACCUUAUGCAUUGCCCACAUUUAAUCCGAAAAGUUUAACAACUGCCGAGAUAUGUUUAAGAGAUAAUAUAACUUCGAGUAUUCAAGAGGUAAUUGUAAUGGUUGGAUGUCCUGCAUCAGGCAAAUCACAUUUUGUGAAAAAUUACCUGAAUAAUUAUGCACACGUUAACAGAGACACCCUUGGAAGCUGGCAAAAAUGCAUUAGUGCAAUGGAAAAACAUAUAAUUGAAAAAAAGAGUGUGGUCGUGGAUAAUACUAAUCCAGAUACCGUGUCGAGACAAAGGUAUAUUGAAUUGGCAAAAAAAUACGGAGUUUCUGUAAGGUGUUUCGUUAUGUCAACAACCUUGGAGCAUGCAAAACAUAAUAACAAGUUCCGACGAUUAACAGAUUCUACUCACGUUCAAGUUACCGAAGUGGUUAUUAAUAGUUACGUGAAAAAUUAUCAACCACCUAGCUUGGACGAAGGUUUCACAGAAAUCCUUACGAUUGAUUUCGUUCCAAAGUUCUCGAAAGAAGAACACCGGCAACUUUACGAAAUGUAUUUGCUCGAAAAUUAAAAAUACUCGCUUACGCUUUACAAUGGAAGAUAUUUUUUUUUGUGUUGAUAAACAUACUUCAGCAGAACAUGCUGGUUUACGCUCAAACUUUGUAAAAGACAUUAAUUUUAAAUUAUCAUUUGUACGAACUCUAAGUUUUUAAUAAAUUUGUGUGAAAAUAGUACAUAACCUUUUUCUCCGAACUUCAUACAAAUCAGAAUGAGAAGGACCGAUGUCCACGCACU